GCCACGCCGGAUGGCGCGUCUCUGGAGCUAGACAGCAUUGCACUGGUCAGCCAGUGUCCAGGGUCACACUGGCGCCCCCCAGCCCCGGUUCUUGGCUCUUCCCAGAACAUCCUGCGGCCCCACCAGCCAUGGAGGGGGCAUCAGCACUGAGCCCCUCCUCCUGGGAGAAACGCAGAGCAUGGGUCCGGCAGAGCCGGUGCUGGCGCACCACCGUGCUCCUGGAGGAGGAGGCAGCAGUGGUCCUGCAGGAUGUGCCUGAGCUACAGCCACCGCACCUAGAUGAUGUCUUCCUCGAUGGUGGAAGACCAAGCGGGGAAGUGGACAGAGGAAGCUCCUCCAGCAAGAUUGAGACCUGGCUGCAGGAUUGUGGGGUGUCCAUGGAGGUCCCGCCUGAGGAGCCUGGCCUGCUUGCCCCCUUUGGAUGCAGUAGUAACGGGACCAGCUUUGAGGAUGAUUUGACGCUUGGAGCAGAAGCUCUGUUGUUACCUGGCAAUGACAAAGCCGCUAACAGAAAGACCCUGCUGGCGAAGCCCUGGCCAGGCCAGAACCUUCACCUCGGGAACAGCAUGGCAUCCAGUGCCCUCUCUAGCGGCACCAACAAGACCGCCUCCAGCCUCUCCGAGAUCCUGGAGUGGUGCCAGGAGGAUGCUGAGGAGAUUCUCUUCAACUUGGGCUUUGUGCAGGAUGAACCUCAGGCCGCAGCCCGGAUCCCAUCUCGCUUCUUCUCGGCUCCUUCCCAAGCCAAAGGCAUCAAUUUCCAGCUCUUCCUGAAGGCCCAGGUGCAGCGCCUGGAGAUGGAGGACCCCUGCCUGACCCUGGCCAGUCGGUUCCAGCAGGUGGAGGCGCUGGCUGCAACGGCAGACGCCUUCUUCUGCCUCUAUUCCUACGUCUCCAAGACACCCCUGCAGAAGAUCUCGCCAGCCCAGGUUUUCUGGAGCUGCCCAGAAAUCCCCAGCACCUGGGUUGUGCCCACAAAGGUUGAGGCUACAUCUCCUGUGGACCGGCUGAAGAAAGCCAUUUCCAAGAUGUGCCUGUACACCUCACCCAAAUCUGAGUCCCCACACAGAGCCAGCAAGGCACCCAGCUGCCGGAGGAGCAGCUUGGGCAGGGUAGUGCAGGAGGGGCUGGAGAGGGCAAGGGAAGGUACAUAG